GCCUGGCAACCAAGACCACCCAGGGACGUGGCAGAAAAUGGAAAAGCCUCCAGAAGAGGCUCCUGCGGAAUCCAAAUCCUUAGAACAUGAAAGCUCAGCCGCGCCCGCACCUGCUGGCCACACUAAUGGCCAGGAAGUAGAUAACCAGGCCGAAGCGGAAGUAGAUGACCAAACUGAUCCCAGAAUAGCUGGCCAGACUGCCCACAGUGCGUCUGGCCAGGCGGAAUCCUACAUAUUGGACAAAGUACCUGAGAACAUCGGGCACAGAACGUCUGGUCAGGCUGACCACAGAGGCUCUGAGCAGAUUGACCAAACAUCCUUUCAACAGAAUGAUGGCCAGGCAUCUGAUCAAACUGGUAACCUGGACAAUGAAGCAGCUGAAGACCUGGUACCUUACCUGACUAACCAAAGAUCUUCUGAACCAAGGUGGCCUAACCUGACUGAAAGAAGAACCUCUGAGCAAACUGACCGGAGACUGUCCAGCCACGCUGAGAGAAGAUCUUCCCAACAGACUGAACACAGAUUAUCCAACCAGGCUGAGAGAACUUCUGAGCAGAUUGACCGGAGACUGUCUGGCCAGCCUGAAAGACGAACUUCCCAACCGACUGACCGCAGACAGUCGGGCUCAACUGACAGAAGAACUUCCCAACCAAUUGACAGAAGACUGUCCACCCCAUCUGAGAGAAGAACCUCCCAACAGAUAGAACGCAGACUGUCCAGCCAGGCUGAGAGGAGAGCUUCCCAGCAGAUUGAGGAAAGAUUGUCUGUCCUGGCUGAGAGAAGAGCUUCCCAGCAGACUGACCAUAGACUAUCUAGCCUAGCUGACCAAGGAACUUCUGAACAGACUGACCACAUAUUGUCUGACCGCUUUGAUCACAGGGCAUCUCUAAAGACGAAUCAGCAACUGUAUGAUCAAGCUCCUGAGCUAGCUAAACCCCAGGCCAAUGGCUCUGCUGCUCCGUAUACAAUGGAUAAGACUGACUACCAUGCUGACUACAAAGAAGACCUGUCUUACCACGGAACACUUGACCAGUCUGAGGACAGACUGUUUCCCCAGUUUGGUCCCAUCAGAGAGGACCAAGAGGCUGGCUACAGAAUACAACCCUGCAAAUUUGAGGAUAGCCAAACAGAGCUUGGUCCCAAGCUUUCAGGUGCUUUAGAAACAGAAACUGAAGGUACAGCUAUUUUCCAAACCUACAACCUAGUCGAUGCAAAGUUCACCAGUAAUUUCCAAGCAAAAGACCAAGCCUCUGCCCCAAGAUUCCCCUCCAUCUCGCACAAAGUGGACUGUAUCCCCAGUCAAGAAAAAGUUCAAGCUGUGGAAACCAAUCCUAAUGAUACUUCAGCUUCAGGAUCUGAGCAAGAAAAGAAUUCUCAAACAUACAGUCAAACCUACAAAAGGAGGUUCCCUCCAAUAGUGUAUGAAGAUCCUUAUCAAGUGUCACUCCGAUACAUGGAGAAACACCAUAUUAUGCAAAUAUUCCAGCAGAUCACUGAAAGUUUAGUCUAUGAAAAGCCAGAGGACCCCCUGAAUUUUAUGCUGAGCCAGGUACAGAACAUGAUGAAAAACAGAGACAAAAUGUGAAACCUACGAAGAACAAAUCUCUCUUCAAUGCUGUUAACAGUCAUCAGUGUCUCCCCCUCCAGUAACAUGUAGCCGUGGGUUUGUCAUAGGUGGCCUUUAUUGUGUUAAAAAAAUGUACCUUCUAAGCCUGUUUGUCACCUUCGGUGUCAAUACUAUGUUCUAUUUCCCACUCUGAAAAAUAGAUUAGGUGUUGAAUAGGUUUUGGUGGUGACUCUAUCUAAAUGUGUUCUUAAUUUUUAAGUAAAUACCUGCAGUCUAUAUUUGUAAAGUUCACAUCAGGGUUAUAGAUAUCUCUGGCUAAUCAUACAAAAAUAUACACGUUAUACUUAUCCAUGCAUUGAUAUUUCAAUACUUGUUCCCCUAAAACCCUCAACAAUAAGUUCUCGAAUUCCCAAGAUAGUACUUCUCAUAAAGCAUACAAAUCUGUCAUGUCUUCAAGCGGUUUACACAAUUUUCAUUCAGAAAAAUGUGUGGAAAAUCAUUUAUAACAGCACUUUUUCUCUCUUAAUGGAAGAUUGUUAUUGUAAUAUCUCUUUUGUAUCUCUUAAUUCCUUCAACAUGUUCUUACUCUCUUUCCUCUUUAACCCAGUCUGUUAUGGCUGCCAUUAGUGGAUAUGAGUCAACCUUUUCCUAGAAAUAGCUCACUCCUGAUAUUUAACCUAAAACAAAUGUUAUACAACUCUGUGCACACCUGUGAGUGAGGCAGACUGUCACUUCUUCAUUUCGUUUAUCCCUUGAAGAAUAACUACAUGAUACACAAUGUGUAACCAAUUUGAUUGGGAUUUGACAGCAAAAGGCUUUAGAUUUAACUCAGUUCAUCUGAUAUUUGAUCUGCCCAGAAAUCAUAUCUGAUAUGAUCAUCUGAUACUAUUUUUGUGAGCUGAGCCUUUUGUUUAAUAUCUGUUGAGCAUCAAGGCAGGCUUGAUUAUUUGUUAUUUAACUGGUGACUUGGUGUUUUAAUGUGGUCGUCUGUCAGUGAAUUAAGCUUCAUUUCUAU